AUGAACGAUAACGAAGUUGAACUUGAUAAAUUAAGUGAAAAAGUUAGGAAGUAUGUGGAGGAUAUGAAAAAGAUAGAUGCUGAAAUUAAGGAGUUUAAUGAAUCUAGUGCUUUUAUGGAACAGGCCAUUCAAGAAAUUGGUGAAGUGGGUGCUGAAAAUAAAUGGACUUCCUUAUUCAACCAGGCCCAAGCCGCCUUACAAAAAGCCAAAAAAAAUGUUACUGAAAAGGUAAAAAAAGAUAUCAAAACUAUUCACCAACAAUUAAAAAGUUUCAAAUCUGGAACUAAUACUUACCUCAGUAAAUUUUACCAAAAAGAAAAGUCCAAAGUUGAUAAAUUAGAGAAUGAUUUAGUCACUUAUUCAAAUACUAGUCAAACUGGUUCACCAAACAAAACUCCGUGA